AUGGAGUCUAGAAAUCAUUCAAAUUCAUAAUUGGCAAUAUAAUAAUUGUGGAUGUUAUUUUGGAAAAUAAAGUAAAUCCUUUUAUCAAAUUUACACAAAAAUAAACCGAAUGAUACUUAAGCUAUAGUGUGGACCUUUGAUACACCAAAUAAUGAUGAUAUUCAUUUCUGCAUCAAUAUGCUUUCUUCUGGAAAUAGAGUGGAAAUUAGAGAUAAUUGGGAAUGA